AUGGCGCUUCAAGUCAGUGCUGCAGAAGUACAUGUUCUUGAAGAAACGCUGGCUAAAGUAAGCUCAUUGACUGGUCAAGUCAAUGCUACGCUGGGGAAGAUAUCAUCGAACGCUGACUUUGCCGAGAAAGCAAUUACGCCAAUAUCUGGACGAACUAAAAUGUUUGCUAUUCUCACUAGAAGCGUUGAUUCCAGUCUAUCGGUAAUUGAGGAGAUUCGUGGAUAUGCUAAUAUAACUGGUGAAUGUGAAACCAUCAUUAAAGCUGGUCCGGAGGCUAGCGGUAUUUCAACAUAUAUCAAUACAAUUGAACGACUGCACACGUCACUGGAUGAAUUGAUGAAGAGUCAACUGAGAAAAUUCUAUAAAGUGGUGGAUAAAACUGAAGCACUGAUUAAAUCAGGGAACAAUCAACUCAAGGAAUAUUUCCGAUCGAUACUGGCAUCAGCAUAUGAGCAAGUCGACAUAAACAAAUGCCUUGAAGGAGCCAAAACGACUCCUAAUAAUACAGCUCAAAUGCCCUCUCUAUCUGAUGAGAAUGUUAAUACGGUUGCUACUUUGUUUGAAUAUUUCAGACUGUCGAAACAAAGUCUAGAUGAUUUAUAUGUUGAAAUGGCAACAAGAGUAGUCUCAACAUCGCUAGCUCCGUUUCAUAAGGAAGCUCUUAAAGCCAGGACUGCGUCAAGUAUGACUUCUUAUAAACCAGGCACCUGUGCACUAAAUCCAUAUGCCAUUGCUGUGCGAGGGCUAAUAGUAGCCAGGGCGGAUGAUUUAACUCUUAUUGGUGCCAAAACCGACAACGACAAGCAGAAGAUGUAUCUUCUUGACCAGGUCACUAAAGUGUUGUUAAACGACUUUAUUCAGGUUUGCACGACUAUCAAUGAUUUUAUAAACAAAAAUAUGGAGACUGAACAGAUCUUGGUAUUUGAAGUGGUUGAUGCUAUCAUGGCGAUUACAGGUACGCUGAGAAUGAUACUCAUACCAGUACCGGCUAAUUUAACGGAACUCAUGGCAAAGGCCAAGGCUACAGCUAAAAGAGUAUUUGUGGAAUUCUUGAAAAUGGUUGAAUCCAAAGUCAAUUCUGCAACUUAUUCACCGGGUGAACAAUUUGUUCCUACUCUCGAUAUCAUGUCCAAAUUAAAGCAAAUUGCAGAAUUCAAAAAUGGUGCACCUGCUGCUAUAGAAGGGUUGGCCCCUGGGUCAUGGAUGCCUCAACCAGAACCAGAAUGGAAAAGGUCCGUUAAAGGACUGUCAUCAAUUACCACGCAGACAGGUAAUGACCCGUGGAAUACAUUAUCAGCAUUUUUUUCGGAUGCCAUCGAUGCUCUGAUACUGACCCUUGAGCUUAGACUAUCAGCUAGCGGCAAGAAAGAUCAUCAAAUAGGACUGACACUGCUGCUAAAUCUAGCAUUUAUUGAGUCAUAUAUAACAAAGAGCAAUGUGUCUGCAGUUCUCAGUGUAGCAGGAGCCGAACGACUUCAGAGACUGCGGAAACAUGCGUUUGAUUUGUUUCUCAGAGCAUGGCACAAAGUAUCUCAUGGACUCAUGGAGACGACGUUACCAGCUGGCAAGCAGCUCAGUUCCAAAGACAGAGAAGUGGUUAAAGAGAAAUUUAAGGUAUUCAACGCGGAGUUUGAAGCGCUCCUCACCCGCCACAAAUCACUCAACAUUAAAGACGUAGCAAUUAAACAGGAAUCUGUCAAAGAGAUCAAGUCCCUGGUAGGCCCUAUAUAUUAUAAGUUCUACGACAGACAUAAGGGAGGUGAUUUCACAAAGAACAUCGACAAGUAUAUAAAGUACGACAAAGUCAGCCUGGACAAGGCGAUUAAUACUCUUUUAUUAUAG